AUGUCGAACGCACGAAUGAAUGAGGUAGAAGAGGAUGACGAUGAUACGGCUGACAUUGUCGAGCUCAAUGAUGAUGAUGAUGAUGACGUUAAUAAUGAUAAUGAUCCCGAAGAGCUCAUUCGACAAGCAUGCACGAACCUGCAAGUAGAGUACAAUAUUAUGCUGUCCCCUACGUAUCAAGUCCCGAUCCUGUAUUUCUUCCUGCACGACACCAAAAACGACAGCAGUGGCAAGUCUGCUAAAAGUCCAGAUCGUCAUCUGGAUCUAAUUUACAAUCGUAUUGUUCCCGCACCGUAUCGAUCGGAACUAAAAAGCGUUGGCAUAUUGGGCGGUCUGAGCAUCGGGAUGCAUUGA